AUGGAUCAUUACCACCCACAGUACUCCUUCGAGCCUAACCAGCUCCCGCCGCUGAGGACGGCCAGCAGCACGCCCUCGUCUUCCCCCGGCUUGUUCAGCCCGACUCGCAACAAUGGCCAGGCCACCGACUCUCCCCACGGCCUGGGACCAGGAAGCCCAUAUCUGCACCCCCUGCAGACACACAAAGUCCGAGAGACACACAAGGCGCUGGUAGACCUCGACAUGAUGACUGGCCGAAAGAUUAUCAACCAGUAUGAAGUUAUCGAAGAGAUUGGCCGUGGCAUGCACGGCAAAGUCAAGCUCGCCCGCAAUCUUGAGACAGGGGAGAAUGUCGCCAUCAAAAUCAUUCCUCGCUUCUCAAAGACGCGUCGCUUGGGCAAAGUCACCGCCUCGCCUCAGGACAAGACCAAGAAGGAGAUCGCCAUUCUCAAGAAGAUCCGGCACCCGAACGUCGUCGCCCUCCUUGAGAUCAUCGAUGACCCUGAGCUGAAGAAGAUCUAUAUGGUACUUGAGCACGUCGAACUUGGCGAGGUUGUCUGGCGAACAAAGGGCGACCCAAUGAUCUGCCACCUCGAGCGAAAAAGGAUCGAGAGGGAGAUGCUUGGAGACCCAUUCACAGAGGAUGACGAGCAGGCGUACCAAUACAUGACUCGUAAGGAGACCAUCAGACGUCUGAAGAAGGCAAAGCUACAAAAAAACCAACAAGAAGAGAACUGGCUGUGGAGUUCCGAGCUGGGCGGCGCCCAUGAGGACGACACCGAGGGACCGUCAGAAGGCUCGGGUGGCGACUCUUGGGAUCACCGCCGGGCUCUAACCCAAGCGUUAUCGUCUUCUUACACCUCGCUGUCUCGGGUUCGCAACAUGUCAAGACCGGCGUCGCGUGGUGCUUCGAGAUCGAGCACACCAGUGCCUUCAGAGCCCGACAUGUCCCCGUUUGAUGCCGAUGACGAGGGCGAUAUGGAAACCCCUGGUCCCCUGCCACUCAGAUCCCAACCUGGCUCCUCCAAUGCUUUGCACAGUGGCCAGUUUGGGUCCUUCACCAGUUCCAUUAGGGACGACCCGUGGUUCCGAGGACGCUCUCCCAGCGUGGCGGAUUCCAUCAUUUCGCACAUGUCUUCGGUCGACUUUAAUACUCACCAGCCCCACGACUUUUUCGCUGAUGACUUCUCCUACGUGCCAUGUUUCACGUUCGACAAGGCACGAGCUGUCUUCCGCGAUACGCUCCUUGGGCUCGAGUACCUGCACUACGAAGGUGUCGUUCACCGCGACAUCAAACCAGCCAACCUUCUGUGGUCGAAAGACCACCGAGUCAAGAUCUCAGACUUUGGAGUCUCUUAUUUUGGCCGACCUAUUCGUGACGAGGAAUCCGGCGAGCUGGUGCCAGAAUCCGAAGCCUGCGACUUUGAUGACGACCUGGAGUUGGCCAAGACGGUUGGCACACCGGCCUUCUUCGCCCCAGAACUGUGCUACACGGACAUCGACGAGAAGCAACCACGCAUUUCAGAACAGAUCGACAUAUGGUCUCUGGGCGUCACACUCUACUGUCUGAUCUAUGCGCGGAUCCCCUUCUUGGCUGAGGAUGAAUUCCAAAUGUUUAAGAAGAUCGCGAAAGAACCUGUGCUCAUCCCCAGGCGGCGGUUAAAACCUGUCAAUACACAGCACUCCCCGUCCUCGACCUCAUUCUACCACUCCGGCAAUCGGGGCGAAUUCCGAGAUGACAGCUCGCCAACAUACGAGGAUGUCGAUGAGGAUCUGCAGGACCUCCUUCGCCGCAUGCUAACAAAGGAUCCCCUCAAGCGGAUUCGACUAAGGGAAGUGAAGCAUCACCGAUGGGUCACUCGCGAUAUUGAUGAUGUCAUUGCCUGGCUGGACGAUACGGACCCUUCCAGACGCACAGCUGGCCGUAAGAUUCAAGUCGACGAGCGCGAGAUGACUCGGGCUGUUGUGCCGCUCACUUUUCUUGAGCGUGCGCGGUCCGUCUUGAAGAAAACGAUGGACAAGGUCAUUCCCUCAUCGAGUCAAACCAGACGUCGAGCGACAAGCAGUGCAGCUAGUUCAAACGGAGAGAACACCCCAUACUCUCCUGCCUUGCCAGCCCUCUUGCGAGACUCACGCCGAAAGAGCAUACGCCCGGACGACUAUUUCGCAACGCUCCGCGAGAGCGAUCAUCCCCUUUCCCAGAGCGUCACCGUCAGCCCUCAGGUGACCCCUUUGGACGAACAAGGCUACCCCGCAGACUGGGCUUCUUCAGAGAAUGGGGAUCUUCGUAGGAGUGGGAGUGGAGCGGCCAGCAGUUUCACAGCACAAUCCGACUUUGGCAGCCGGCAACCGUCUACAGCUUCAUUGGCUGCGACUAAGCCAUACGAGCAGCGUCACGAACGGACCAGAUCAACUCCCCACCAGUUCCUCCCUUUGACAGCCGCCAGCAGACCAUCUCAAACCACCCCUGCCACGCCAGCUGUUGAGAACUACAAAGGCGAUGACCCCAUGGCGACACUGCGCAAAGCCCGUGACAUUCGCCCCUUUGCUGAGUCGGCACGUGCCCGGUCGGUAGACCGUGGAGUCUUUGCCAGUGAGGACAAGCGCGCCGAGGCGAAGGUCUCCUUGAGCACUGUAGUGGCGCCAGGCAAUGUCGAGCUACCCCAGCGGCCAAUGUCUGUUGCUCCAAUCGAAACCCGGCAACGUGUUCACGAGGUCAGACCUCCUCAGCAUGCGAUGCAGAACUACCAGCACCGGCUACCUGGCUCAGAUCCCAACAUAUAUCACAAGCAGAACCAUGCAGCUACAAACAGCCAGGACGAGCAGCAGAUUACUCCCCAGCGAGUCAUGAUGAUGGAAACUGUUACUCCACCGCCGAGAGUCUACAAGCCUUCCACAGCAGCAUCAUUCGCACAGGCUCAGAGGAAGGGGAUUGAACGUACCUGGAGAGAGGAGGAGCUUGCAAGGCGUCUUCAGCAGCACGAGACACCCCUGAAGGAGUCUGUGAAUGCGUCAGCAGUACCUUGCCCUCCGUCGCCCGACGACGAGCUGGAUUUUGGCCCCUUCGUGGUUUCGACAAAACGCAGGACUAGCAGCGGCGUAGCAAGUGGUAGCUCCAUGUCGCUUGGCGCACUCACCAGCUCCAUGACCAGCCCUUGUGAUUCGACCAUUUCUCCGGGGCUGACCAAUUAUCCUGGACAGAGUCACGACUCACCAGUCUUCAGAUCGGACCCGUCGCUGCCGGCUCUUCUCAGUGGUGCCAGCUCUGUGUCCGCAGAUGCCGAGGGCGAAUUUCUGGUUCACCCCGGGCAAGUUGAUCGUGCCUCACUAGUCGACACCACUGACUCGCUCACACCUCCCGCUAUGUGCAAAGAACCACUCGGAGAAUUCCCCCUGGAGGGCUUCGACGAUGACCAUCACACUGUUCUCUUCCAAUCACCUCAAGUACGGGGCAAGGCUCCUACUUCAGCCGCUGCCUUGCCCUCGCGAGCCAUAGAGGACGAGGACGAGGAUGACAGCGACAGCGAUGAAGGCAUCGUGAUGUUCAAGUCCAAGAGGAAAGGUCCUCCCAAGGAGCUUGCCAUCUCCCGCCGGCGAGACACGCAGACGAGUGUGGGCAGCACUGAGACUGCCAAGAAGAUCCUGAUGCAAAGUCGUUGA